UGUUUCUGAACAACAGAAGCAGCUGGUAGCACCCUGGGGUCCUUUUUCUGGUGCCAGCAACCAGCUCUGCCUCCCUACAUGGGAGAAGCGUAACUGCAGGCUCCCCCUAAUCCUGUUGCUGACCAGCCUCACCUUGUCCUGCUCACCCACCUCCCCCUACACCUAUCAUGGCUUUGCUCCAUCACUUCACCAGCCUCCUCCUCCUUCUCGCUGUGCCCCUUUCCCGGGCUGCAAGCUGGUCCCCCCUGUCCCCCAGCGCCCCGCCUGCCGUCCCUGCUCUGCCCCUCCUGCAGGCCCUGCAAGCGCGGGCACCGGGCAGCCGGGGCUGGCAAGCAGGGCUAGCGGGUGGGCAACCCCUGCACUACAUGCUGAGCCUGUACCGGCGCGCUGCUGACAGCGAGGGACGACCCCGCCGCAGCUUGGGUACCAACACCAUCCGCCUGGUCCGGACCAGUCCCCAUGGGGGCCAGCCCUGGGCAGGUCGCUGGUACGUACAGCCCCUCACCUACCGCCUGGGGGACCAGCCUGAGGCCGAGCACCUCCUCCGAGCCAUCGUAGUGUACCUGCCGAGCCUGCCGCUGGCCCGUGGUCGCCUCCUCUGUGCCCUGGAGCUCUCAGACACUAGCAACGGACCCGGGGCGCUGCUCAGCCCUGUCGCCCGCCCCCGCCGCGGCUGGGCCGAAGCGGAUGUCACCCCGUACCUGGUGCCAGGGAACGGCAGCGCAGGGAGCCUGGCACUGCGGCACGUCUGUGUACGUGCCGGCCGGGCCAGUGGCCACGAUGCCCCCGUAGUCCCCAGCCACCCCUUCCUCCUCCUUUACCUCAACGACACCCAGGCUGGACUGGCAUCUCUGGCGACAGAGCCCCAUCGGCACCGGCGUGACACGGGGAUACUGGCCCACGACCUGCCAGGCUACUUGCAGGAGCAGGAAGGGGAGAAGAGUGACUGCUCUCUGCGCCCCUUCCCCGUCAGCUUCGCCCAGCUGGGCUGGGACCACUGGAUCAUUGCUCCCCAUCGCUACAACCCGCGCUACUGCAAGGGUGCCUGUCCCCGCCUGCUCCGCCACGACUACCACGCGCCCAACCAUGCUGUGGUGCAAAGCUUUGUCCAUCAGCUGGUGGAUGCCAAUGUGCCUUGGCCUUCCUGCGUCCCCUACCGCUACAGCCCCAUCAGCGUUCUCAUGAUCGAGCGUGAUGGCAGCAUCCUCUACAAGGAGUAUGAGAACAUGAUAGCAGAGUCCUGCACCUGCCGGUAAUGCUGCCCGGGCACAUUGCCCCAGGCUCUGCCUGACCCUGCCACACUGGACUCCAGGGAUUGUCUUGCUCUGCCUGGGGUGAUUUGUCUCCCUUCCCUGCGUGGCAACUCUUCUGCAGGAAGGUUUUACCAUGGCAGUUUUAUGUGAAUUGUAGUGUUUUAAAGGCAGGCACCUGUGAUAGGGUGGUUGCCCUGUGGCAUCUGUCCUUCCUGCAGCCCCAAGGCUGCUGCCCGCUUCUGGGGGGCGGGAGGGCUUGGCUUGAUGCUCCCGGGGGAGAGCUGUGUCCCUGAACUGGAGCAUGAAGCUCCUAAGACGUGGCUGGGGAUCUUCUGGUGGACCCAGGGCAGGGAGGGUGAGCAGCCCAGAUGUUCCUGUGCUUGGCACCAAGCUGGUGUUAUCAGUAUCUGAUGCAGUCUUGCCUGUGGGAUUCCUUCCCACCUCAUGUGCACCCAAUCCUGUCUAGUCCCAGCUGCAGCUGCAUCUCACUGGGCUGGGAAUUGGGCUUGGUGGGGAGGGGGACCCAUCUCCUGCCCAGUGGCUGUGCUC